GUUCCGCUUCGCUCCAUUCGAGCGCGGCGCCACAUCUGCGAGGACCUCAUUUCCUUGCGGUGGGAAGAAAAAGUCCGAUCGUCCAACUUGGCAAACUUGCCGGAAUUCACUUUCGUUUCUCGGAUUCCGCGGCCAGCUGCCGAAAAUGGCCUUGCAGUCGCCUUAUUUCAAACCGACUGUUCCUUUUAGUGGUCCAAUUUAUGGUGGCCUGAAAGAUGGGAUGACCAUAAUAGUCACUGGAACUGUUUUGAAGUCCUGCAGAAGAUUCCAGGUUAACUUUCAAUGUGGCAAUUGCGAAAUGCCUAAAUCAGAUGUAGCUUUCCAUUUCAACGUCCGUUUUGAUGAGAACUGUAUUGUAUGCAAUUCACACGAAAAGGGAAGCUGGCAGCAAGAAGAAAGAAAACAUGAUAUGGUUUUCCGCAGAGGGCAUCCUUUUGAGAUCCGGUAUCUUGUGGACAUCUCUUCCUUUGUGGUUCUGGUAGAUGGAAAGCUGUAUUUGGAAUUCAAGCACAGGAUCCCUCUUUCCCGGGUAGAUACCAUCGGAAUUUCAGGAGAACUAGAUGUGAUCUCGAUCAGCUUCCAAGGUCCAGUUGCUUAUCCAGUUUGUUCCAAUCCAGUUUUCCCAACAUUCUCACAGCCAAGUGCCUGUCCCAUUGGACAAUGCUUUCCACCACAAAGUUAUCCUCUCCCUUACCGAGCUACCAUCUAUGGGGGCCUUUUUCCAUCCAAAUCAAUUAUAAUUUCAGGCUCUGUGUCACCUUCUGCUCAGAGGUUCCACAUCAAUCUGAAAGCAGGGAACAAUACUGCUUUCCAUCUCAACCCACGGUUUGAUGAGAACACAAUUGUUCGAAACUCUAACCUCAACAUGUGCUGGGGCUCAGAGGAACGACACCUGCCCUGUGGGAUGCCUCUGAUGCGCGGCCAACCCUUUACCAUCUGGAUUCAAUGUGAAGCACACUGCUUCAAGGUAGCUGUGAAUGGACUCCAUCAGUUUGAAUACAACCACCGCAUACAUAACCUGCUUCAGAUAAAUCUUCUCGAAGUGGACGGUGACAUAACAUUGGCCAACAUCCAGGCUUAAAAGUCGCCAGUAAAGGCCCAUUUUUGGAUGGAGAUGCAAUUGAUGUGAAAUGUUGAGCUUUACUACCUGAAGUUUGAAUAAAUGCUUUUUUAAGAGAUUAAGAACCAUAGAAGUUCAGUUUUUUUCCCCUUCCAAUCUAAUUGCUUUAAUAAACUAUUUUUGCUCA